AUGUUAAGUCGAUAUGAAGAAUCCGUCGCCAAUUUUAAUAAUUCAAUUGUAUUGCUAAAGGCUGAUGUAAUUGAUUAUUAUUCUCUUGAUUUAAAUAAAGCUUUAGAAGUUUCUCUCGAUGAUAAAAUAAUCUUGGCUCGUCGCGCAGAUGUACAUCGCAUAUUGGAACGUUAUGAAGAGGCACUUGAAGAUCUCAAUGAUUUAUUAGAAACUGAUUCAUAG